AUGCCAAUCAGUUGGUACUAUGAAUUUAUUGAAAUGCUUUUUCGAAAUGUAUCACUAUUGCUAAUGUUAUUAGUCGUUUGUACAUUUGUUUCAUGUAAGUAUCAAAGAAAACCGAAGGACCCAAAAUUCAUUGAUGAAAAUGAUCCUCAUGCUAAAACACUGUAUAAUAUUAAAACUGAUGUUGCAUUCCCGAAACGAGCCUUGGAAGAAAAGAAACAAAAUUCUCGAGCGAAUGUAACAGCUAUGAGUUGGAGCCAUGAAUAUGAAAGCAAUAUGCCACCAUCUCUUUCGCUUUCAUCCUCUCCAAAUUCGAAAAAAUAUUUGAACAAUUGUGGUGAAAUGCAAGAACAAUGUUCAUCAAAUCAACAAAAUCCAUUACAGCAACAGAAAGCGCCAAACAUGCAUAAUAGUCCAAAUGUUGCAAUUUCCAUAGCGGUAUAA